ACCGGUUAGGCGGAUUGUAACGUGUGUAUAAUUGUCAACUUAUUUACUAUAGCUUGCACAAGCCGUAUCCGCGUACCCGCGAGUGCGGGUCGACCCGAAUCAAAGACAUCCAUGUCACAAAUGUUGACAUCACAGGAUCCGUUACAACACGGAAACGUAAUGUGGGACAGUCACUCGUUCGUCCGUCAUUUCUGCCCUGGUUGUUGUGGCUGGAGAUAUAUACUUCACUUUCAGUAACUGUAUCGAUUAAGUCCGCGCGUUGAUCUGUAGAAAACUGGACAUGUUUGACAAACGAAAGCCGCUUGCUUUAUGAUUAAUGUACGACAGCUGCAGAAGUUACGGACAGUUUGACCUAUGUACUUGAAGCGAGAUUCUUUCUGUUGAUCGAGAGUUCUGUUGUUUCUGUGUGGCUGUUGCGUUUCAGUCAGUGGUUCCAGUACCAUGGGGAACUUAGCACGCUGUGUCCUGCUCUCACUGCUGGCGCUCCUGUUGUGGGAAGGGACCGUUUUACAGGUGAAGUCAGUGGGGGUGACUCUCCCUGAGUCUCUGCUUUUCGUCUCAACUCUGGAUGGGAGUCUUCAUGCCGUCUCCAAACAGUCUGGAGACAUCAAAUGGACACUCAAAGAAGAUCCUAUCAUACAGGUUCCUGUCUACCUUACUGAACCAGGUUUCCUCCCAGACCCCAAUGAUGGAAGUCUUUACAUCCUGGGAGGAAAACACAAGGAAGGACUGAUGAAACUUCCCUUCACCAUCCCGGAGCUGGUCCAGUCAUCUCCCUGUCGAAGUUCUGAUGGAAUCCUCUAUACUGGUAAGAAGCAGGAUGUCUGGUUUGUGGUGGACCCCCAGACGGGAGAGAAACAGACAAGCUUGUCCACUUCAUCGUCUGAGUCCAUCUGUCCCAACACUCCUCUGCUUUAUAUUGGACGCACAGAGUACAUGAUAACGAUGUACGACACAAAGACCCAGGAGCUAAGAUGGAACGCCACAUACAACGACUACUCUGCCCCACCAUAUGAUGAGAAACAUGACUACAAGAUGGCUCACCUGGUCUCCAGUGGGGAUGGAUUAGUGGUUACUGUGGACAGAGAGUCAGGUGACGUCCUGUGGAUGCAGAACUAUGGUUCACCUGUGGUGGGCGUCUACCUGUACAGUCAGGACUCCCUAAGACACGCCCCUCACCUUUCAGUUGCCAUGGAGACUCUACGCUACCUCACAUUUUCUUCCCACGAUACACACACACACACCAUGAAGUGGAGCUACCAGUUCGUCACGGAGCAAGCCAGCGCGCACACAGAGCUGGUGCCUACUCUUUAUGUAGGAAAGAUGGACUCUCACCUCUAUGCCUCCACCUCCCUGGUUCAUGACGGAGUCUCUCUAGUGCCACGGGGCCUGACACUGGCCCGUAUCGAGGGUCCGGAGACGGAGGAGGUGACGGUCCGAGACCGAGGAGAGUGUGAGAUCACACCGUCCACCGAUGUCCGCUACCCCCCCGGGUCAACAAACACUCUGAACAACCAGUGGCUGCUCAUAGGUCAUCAUGAGUUGCCUCCAGUAGCUCACACCACCAUGCUGAGAGAAUUCCCGGUUAACCUGCAGCGUUCUGGGGAUGCCAUUAUCCCGUCCCGGUCUCAGAACACACGCCCCCAUACAGAGCAACCUUUCCACUCAGUGGGUCACGGCAGCGUACGUGGAGGAAGAGGUAGUUCAGGUAACGGUGAACAUAAAAGGACCCCUGCAGGGUCCAGCUCGGGGCUGUCCUCUGUGCUGCCUGCCUACAUAUACCUGGACCCUGUUACCGUGGUGAUACUAUCGCUGCUGUUGGGAGGGUGGAUCGCCUUUGCCCUGACAUACCCACAGCGUUUGGCCCAGCAGCAGAAACACCAGAGGCAGCAAUUGGAGGAAGCUCUGGAGUCCCGCCUCCAACGGCUCAUAGACACGCCCUCUUCUUCAGAGACACCCCCUCCUAUACCAGACACGCCCCUUUCUCCAGACACCCCUCCUCAGUCUGCAGAGUCACAGCUGUCCUCUGUGGCCCCUCCUCUCUCUGGUUCCCCUGGUAACAGCACUGACUCUGCAACCAGGAACGGAGCCACUGUGACAUCAUCAACACACGAAGGAGGGAUAGAGGAGGUGCAUGUGGGGAAGAUCUCCUUCUCCACAUCUGAGGUUCUGGGACACGGAACAGAGGGAACAUUUGUCUUCAGGGGUCAUUUUGACGGCCGUCGUGUGGCGGUUAAGAGAAUUCUCCCAGAGUGUUUUGACUUUGCAGAGCGAGAGGUUCAGCUCCUCCGUGAAUCAGACGAACACCCAAACGUCAUCAGAUACUACUGCACAGAGAGGGACAAGCUGUUCACCUACAUCGCCAUUGAACUCUGUGUUGCUACACUACAACAGUAUGUAGAGGACCCAUCAUGCCACGCGGAUCUCAGCCCAGUCGCUCUGCUGGAACAGACCAUGUGUGGCCUCAGACAUCUUCACUCCCUCAACAUAGUCCACAGGGACUUGAAGCCGCGUAACAUCCUGCUGUCUCAGCCAGGACCCCUUGGUUGUGUUCGGGCGCUGAUCUCAGACUUUGGCCUUUGUAAGAAGAUUCCAGAGGGAAGGACUAGUUUCUCUCUGCGCUCUGGGAUACCAGGAACAGAGGGUUGGAUUGCACCUGAAGUACUGCUGGAAACACCUGGAAACAACCCAAUACGAUGUGACCAGGCGGUGGACAUCUUCUCAGCUGGCUGUGUGUUCUACUAUGUGGUCAGUAGGGGGCAGCACCCAUUUGGAGACACAUUGCGACGCCAGGCUAACAUCCUGGGCGGAGAGUACUGCCUCACACACUUCAUGGAGGACAUGCACGAUGAUGUAAUCGCGCGGGACCUGAUAGAGCGAAUGAUUAGCAGCGAUCCAGAGUCCCGCCCCUCUACCUCGUCCGUUCUGAAACACCCCUUCUUCUGGAGCCCUGAAAAACAGCUGCAGUUCUUUCAGGAUGUGAGUGACCGUAUUGAGAAGGAGCCAGUGGACAGCCCCACGGUGGUCCGGCUGGAGACGGCUGGAAGAGCUGUUGUCAGAACCAACUGGAGGAUGCACAUCUCUGUCCCUCUACAAACAGACCUCAGGAAGUUUCGCACGUAUAAAGGGAACUCUGUUCGAGACCUGCUGAGGGCCAUGAGGAAUAAGAAACACCAUUACCAUGAGUUGCCAGCGGAUGUCCAAGAGACGUUGGGCGAGGUACCUGAGGGGUUUGUCGGCUACUUCACCUCUCGGUUCCCACGGUUACUACUACACACGCAUAACGCACUGAGUACCUGCUCACAUGAGAGACUGUUCCACCCCUACUACCCCCCUGCCCCAUCUCUGUGACCCUCAUGAAGCUCUGACACUUGUCCCGAGGAGGGGGACCAUAUUGCACACGCUCCGUAGAAGUCUGGGCGUGGCGUUUCGUGAAGGGGGUCGGUUGCUGCUGUGCUCCAAGAGAGAAGCCUUUUAACUGCUUUGUUUAACUCGUCUGUCAACAUGAAAUUAUUUGAACAUUCACCUGCUCUGACCUGAAUGUCUGCAAAGCACUUUGUUUUUUCCCUGAUAGUCAUUAAAAUGCACUGGAGAAAGCGGAUGGUCUUGAAAGAAACAGCCUGCAGGCUCCAUUACAUCUUUAAUUCCUGACUGAAUCUAAACUCUGUAAAUGUUUGAAUGAUUUGGUUCUGGGCAGGUUGGGGUAGAGACACAGAAAGACAAUGUUUCCAUGAAGACUUUUGAUACUUCAUGUCAGAACUUUGUUUGUAAAUCAUUGUACAUGAGGAAGUACUGUGAUUGGCUACAUUAUUGAGGUCAUCCAUUUUGUUGUGUUAACAAAAAAGAACCCAGACUCUGUUUCAUUAUAUGGUUUAAAACUGGUUAAAGUACAGAUGAAGAGAAGACGUUUGCAAUGCUUUUAUGUUGACUUGAUACUAUUUGUUUUAGAAACAAAGCCAAUGUAACGUUUCUGAUACACUUAGGAGUGUUUUUAUGAGUACUUGAUACUAUUUGUUUUAAAAACACAGCCAAUGUAACGGGUCCUGCUGGACCUGGUUGAACAGGUUGAGGAUUCAACACUGAUGUGGGGGUGUUUUAAUAUGAAAAUAACUUUCACCUGAUAAACCUUCAGGUUGAGGAUUCAACACUGAUGUGGGGGUGUUUGAUAGGAAAAUAACUUUCACCUGAUAAUCCUUCUGGCUGGAACAUGUAAGUGCUGUAUUAUUCAAAUUUUUCAUUUUUUAAUUGGUUAUACAUUUUUGGUUUAAUUCUACCAUGUGAAACUUCUCCACCUUAUAUGUGUGAUAUGCAGAACUAUCAGGAAAAACUUUUAUACUUUUUUUUAAUAUAAAAUGAAAAUAAAUGAUCAUUAAUGCUUUGAGUGUGAACAGCUUGAAGUGAACAACACUAAUGGGUAAUGUGUUUUUUAU